CAUACCGGGGUCGAUUAUGCCGGACCUCUAACACUCAAGACCUUUCGCGGACGAGGUGCAAAAACUUACAAAGGAUACUUUGUAAUCUUUAUCUGCUUCAGCACCUCAGCUAUGCAUCUCGAGGUGGCGACAGAUUAUUCGACCGACGGAUUCAUCGCCGCCUACAAACGGUUCACGGGCCGCAGAGGGAUUUGCUCCACAAUCACAAGCGACUGCGGCACCAAUCUCAUAGGAGCGGAUUCCGAAUUAAGGCGACUGUUCAAGGCCUCAACGACAGAAUGGACUCACAUCGCCUCCCAGCUCGCCAACGAUGGAGUUACGUGGAAGUUUAAUCCACCCUCGGCCCCUCACUUCGGUGGAAAGUGGGAAGCUGGAGUGAAAUCGGUCAAAUUCCACCUCAGGCGAGUCAUAGGUGACACGCUGCUCACCUAUGAAGAGAUGAACACGCUCUUAAUUCAGAUCGAGGCGGUUCUCAACUCUCGCCCUCUAAGCGCUCUCUCGGAUGACCCAACGGAUGUUUCAGCGCUCACGCCAGGGCAUUUUCUAAUCGGAUCAGCGCUCACCACUGUACCGGAGCCCUCUCUGGGUAAUGUCCCAGCAUCUCGGCUGUCGCGCUGGCAGCUACUCCGCCAGAUGACGGAGUCAUUCUGGAAGCGUUGGACUGCAGAAUAUCUGUCCCAGUUUCAGGUCUCCUCUAAGCGGCACCAAGCGCAAAAUUCAUUUCAGGUUGGGUCUUUAGUUCUCAUCAAGGACGAACGGAUGCCUCCUACCAAAUGGUCUCUCGCACGCAUCAUUGACGUGCAUCACGGGCUUGACGGACUUAUCAGAGUCGUCAGUGUGAAGACGGCCAACACUACGCUCAAAAGACCAAUUGUCAAAUUGUGCCUGCUGCCGGAUCCAAAUAAAACAUAG